AUGGAAACAAGUUGCAGAAAGAAAGAAGAAGAUGGCUUUCAUGUUCUUCAUAAAGUUCCUUCUGGAGAUGGUCCAUAUGUUAAAGCUAAAUACACUCAGAUUCAACUCAUUUUUGGAAUCCUUUUGAGUUGUGAUUUUUAUUUCGAACGAGCAAAAUUGAAGGAUUGGAUUUCGAAAAUGAUCAAAUAUCCCGCUGAAUCUGAGGAAAUUGAUCCUCGGUUCAUGAAAAAUCGCUUGUUUGAUAUACUGGUAGAAAAAGAUCCAGAGGGGGCAAUCGUAUGGUUUUGGAAGGCGAUAAAUGGAGGAGAUAGAGUGGAUAGUGCAUUAAAAGACAUGGUUGUUGUUAUGAAGCAGUUGGAUAGAACUGAAGAAGCCAUUGAAGCCAUUAAGUCCUUCAGAUGCAUUUGCUCCAAACAUUCGCAGCCAUCUCUUGAUAAUCUCCUGAUCGACUUAUACAAGAAAUGUGGUAGAUUCGAUGAAGAAAUAGGGUUAUUGAAGCAAAAGCUUAGGGUGAUUUAUAGAGGAGAAGCUUUUAAUGGAAAACCUACAAAAUCUGCUCGAUCCCAUGGCAAGAAAUUUCAAGUCUCUAUUAAACAAGAAACUGCAAAGAUUCUGCUUACAUCCAUUAUAGUGAUUAGAGAAUCCGAAAGAAGAAGAGGUCACACUGAUGCAACAUCACUUAUUAAAGUCAAUCUGGAAGCCAAAUCCCCCCAAGGAAAUAAUUCAGUAUGUCUGUUUAUAAAACUCACCUGUGUAACAACAAAGUCCACAGAAUCAACAAUAAAUGGUUCAUGUGGACCAUUUGGGAUUCCUGUUAUAACAUAUUGUUUCAACGGGAAAGAAGGGGUCUAA